CAAUCCGUGGAUGAGUUACGGACAAUAGGCGGGCAUUUGUCAACCACGGUCACGGACGUUGUGGUGAACUUUGCCGGUGUUGAACUACCCCUGGUCCCUUAUUGUCACGUCUGUUACAUCCUCGGAGUAUGGGCAGUGUGUUGGCUGCUGCCCCACCCAGUCCUGCCCCAGCAGCAGCUGGAGGUAGUCAAGGGGUCCCAGGGUUGGUGUCUGUCCCUCCAGGGUUCACUAUGCCCUCAGUGUCUUCAGUCCCUCCAACAUCUGGAUCUGGCCAGCAGUCAGUAGAUGCAGAUUCCCCGCUCCCAAAUCCAGGCACAUAUGAGGAGUGCCACCGCAAAUGUAAAGAGGUGUUCCCUCUGCAGAUGGAAGGGGUGCGGUUAGUGGUGAAUAAGGGCCUGAGUAACCACUUCCAGGUCAGCCAUACAGUCACCCUCAGUACCCUUGGGGAUUCUGGUUAUCGAUUUGGGUCCACCUACGUAGGCAGUAAACAGACUGGACCAGCAGAGUCAUUCCCAGUCAUGGUUGGAGAUAUGGACAAUACUGGUAGCCUGAAUGCCCAGGUCAUCCACCAGCUCACGUCUCUUGUACGCUCCAAAAUAGCCAUCCAGACUCAGCAACACAAGUUUGUGAACUGGCAGUGUGACAUGGAGUGUCGUGGUGAAGAUUUCACUGCUGCUGUGACGCUCGGAAAUCCAGAUUUACUUGUUGGAUCUGGCAUUUUGGUGGGCCACUAUCUCCAGUCUAUCACACCAGCUCUGGCUCUGGGUGGUGAGCUAGUGUACCACAGGAGACCAGGGGAGGAAGGAGCAGUCACCUCCCUCUUGGGCAGGUACACAGGGGACAACUACGUUGCUACAUUGACUUUGGGAGGGGCAGGAGCUCAUGCCACAUACUAUCACAAAGCUAGUGAUCAGUUGCAGAUAGGAGUCGAAUUUGAAGCAAACACAAGGAUGCAAGAAACCACAGCAUCUUUUGGUUACCAGUUGGACGUUCCCAAAGCUAACUUCCUCUUUAAAGGCACAGUUGACAGUAACUGGGUAGUCGGGGCAACCCUUGAAAAGAAACUGCUGCCGCUACCUCUCACACUGGCCCUCGGGGCUUUCCUCAACCACCGCAAGAACAAGUUCCAGUGUGGCUUUGGUGUCACCAUUGGCUAGACGUGCAGGGGCCGCCUGGAGCCAGCUCGCAGGCCACAGCUUGGACCCGCACAGAGACCCACAGGAACCUAAGUUUCCUAAGGACUAAGUUUUAGAAAUUGGAUUCAGAGACUCUCUUAUAACUGUGAUUUCUGGGGCAGAUAGAGAGACAACUACCAAGGAGCCAGGACUGGCAAAGCCAUGCCUUCAUUAUGUAGCCCAAAUGUCUUUCUUUUAUGGUGUAUUGGAUCUACCCAGAGGCUAGAGUGCUGAACGUCAGUGGGCAUGAGGACAUGCAAUGUGAAAAUCAUAGUAAGUGGUUAGACAUAAUAUAUGGCGGUCAUGUAUGAUGAUUAAAAUAAAUGUGAUUACUUUUUGUAAAA